AGCUGUGUGGAGGUGUGUAGUCAGAGAGUGUUAGCAGCAGACACAGUCAGACAGUGGGGCUUUACUGAGGCUGAGGAGUUGUUUUAAUCUCUGAUAGGUAAAUAAACAAACCAGCAGCAGACUUUGGAAUUUGGAAAGGCUCACUGGGCACUUAUGCAGGAAGAGUGCAAGCUGCAGAUUCCACAGAGUGGCUUUUUUUUCUUUCCAGAACUGUAAGUGGAAUAAGUGUACCUGAAACUGAUAUGCCAACUGAAAUCUCUCAUGCCGUAAGAAUGCAUGCCAUCUCGGACUUCCCUUUGACAGUGCGACUCCUCAACAAGGGGCCAGAGUACCUUCGCAGACAGAUGGAGGCAGGCACCCCAGGCAGGAAAAGUGCUGUGGAAAGACUGGCAGCUGAUAAGGCCAAGUAUGUAAAAAGUCCGCAUGUAAUCAGCACUAAGCAGGAACCCGUCAUCGUGCUCAGCUCAGCCUCAGAGAGCAGCAGUGAGAGCUGUUCAGUGGAAAACAAAAAAAUCAACAGGGACUUUGGUGGAGGGAAAGGCACAAAAAACUUGGAGUCAACUAAAGCAAUGUAUUCCUGCAGUGCUCCCCUGGAACCUGAUCCACCCAUAGCGAGGCGCAGCAGCUCCAAGAGGCAGGUACGGCCAGACUCCCUAGUGAUCUACCGCCAGAAAUGUGAGCUUGUGAAAGGUCAAAGCAAUGAAAGGUCACGAGGAGGCCUGGUGAGGCGGCUGUUCCAGGGGUCCAUGAAGGAGAAGCUGCUGACUUCCCCUGAGAUGCCCAGCAUAAUUGGGGAGGGCCUCACACCAGAAAGUGAAGAGACAGUAUCCACCAAACAUGCCGCCAAUGGGCCAAACAGCCGUGUCGCUGAGCACGCUGCCCCUGCAAACACAGAAGCACCAGCUCUUCCUGAACAUGAGGGUGAGGACUCCUCACAACUGACUGUUGCACCUGAUGAGGUCAAGGACAUCAGGAGGAAAGGGCUGCAUCGCUCCCAGUCUGAUAUCAGCUCUCGCUAUUCCAAGUCUUUCUCUGAGUUUGACACUUUCUUUAAGUACUGCGGCCUUGAACCCGAGGUUGUCGAGGAUCUGGGCAGAGAGAACUUCUCCGUGAUUUCUGACAAUGUCUCCUUCAGGAUCCGCAGCAUCAGCGUGGCAACAUCUGAGAGUGACUUCACGAGGCACAGUGGGGACGAUGGGCUGUUGGAGGAAGAACUGACUGAGCAGGUGCCCAGCACCACUUCAGUGAUUGAGCGCAACGCUCGGAUAAUCAAAUGGCUGUAUACUUGUAAGAAAGCCAAGGAGACUAACAACAUGCUACGAGAGCUUGCGUGAAGGCUUCUCCUUUCAGCAUGCAUUACAGCCUGGUAAACUCAAGAAUGAAAACAUUCCCUGAGAUGGCGGCUCACUAAACAGGACACAGACAGAUAGACCCACAGCAAACUCUUCUAUCAUCUGGCUUAUGACAAAUCUGUGCAAGUUUAUCAACUUCCUGUUGCCCUCCCACUCGUCUGCAGGCUCACUCUUUGUCACAAGCACAUGUGUGUACAGAAAUACAACAGCAAGAGGAAGUUACAAACUGAGACGGAGGGAAAUUAAAGCUUCUAGAAGACCAGAGGCAGGCUUAAGUGCUAAAAUAUCUGGUAAUAUCCAGAAAGAGAUCAGUGCACCAGGAUGUCAUCCUAAAUGUGAGGGAAGGUUGGUGUGGCAUGUCUGGCUCUGACUGAUGGCAAAUCUAUCAGCAAGACCGGGGAAGGAGAAAGUGGGAUCUAAGUGGCAAUGACCUCUGGGUCAGGCAUUUCUUGGCAGGGAGGCUCCACCUACACUUUCAAAGAAAGUGUGUUAUCAGGACUUUAAAUCUGGCUCACAUUGACAUGAUUUCAGCACACUCUGCCUGGCUGGUGACAGUGGACCAAACAUGACAGUUUUAUAAACAGUAUUUAAAGCCAGUGGUACACCAGAUUGCUUCUUAGUAUUGUCUAGAUUGAGGUUAAAGACAAACUAGAGAACCAUGUUCUCCAACUAGACCAGGCUGAUCAGCCAGUGUGGAUGGAUGGCUAAAAUCAUGUUCCACGUAUGGUCUUGGGCAUAGUCCCAAAGCCUAGUAUGACACAGGGAAAGUCAAUCCACGUUCCAUAUUAGACAGGACUCUUCUUUGCUAUAACAGUGCUCCAGCAUAGUAAAAUGUAUAGUCUAGGUAGGCCCUUAGACUCUUUUUAUACUACAUCUCAGACCUUGCCAGCACAUGGUUGUCUGUAAUCUAACACAUUUAUUUUUGUACUGAGGAUGGGCAACAUGUUUAUUGACUCAUGUUAGGGAAUAGCGUCACAGCAUAUGUAAUGUUAUGGCUGAUUAGCAUGAAUCUAUAAUAGCAUUGUCCUAUCUCCAUUGUAAACAAGAAGGCAUGUUAGGACACAACCGCAUCAUACCAGACAAACGUGCUAAGAUUAUUCGACUUAUAGUAUAGACAGCACCAUGCUCAACAUAAUUGUUAUAACAACUACACCUACUUUGCACUGGCCAAGCAAACUUGAUUUAAACUGUAGUUAAACACUGUUUAAAAAUAAUUUGUGUCACUCAGUUUGAUUGCGGAUGUAGAUGUGCGUUUAUGGCCCUUGGCUAUGCCUUAGCCCAGACAGUCAUUAGUUAUCAGAAAAUGCCUUUGCCUGAGUUAUUUAUUCCUGAUACCAUAAAUCACAAAGAAGGGGGGGAAAUGAAGUAGGGAACAGAUUCCGAUCUUAGCUAUAGCAGUGUCGAUCUGGAAUAACUGAACUGAUAAAAAGAGAUCAGAAUCUGGCCCUAUAUUUCGGUGUGUUGAAAGGUUAAAAGUUGAACCACAGGUUCCCAUGGCUAUAGUGUUCUGUUUACAGCAUUGGACUGUCAGACCUGUACUGUAACAAGUACAGGAAAAUGAAAUUCCAUUCUCAACAUUCCAUUAGGGUUAUACACGGUAAGCAGUCAAUCAGCCCCUUUCAACGAUUACCUGCCAUGCCCCCACCCAACAAAGUGAACCAGACACAGGCAUAGGGGAGAAGAUGGAAUGAGCACCUAAUCAGCACUUUUUACAUCUUAUAAAAGACUUAGUCUUGUAACAUAACUAUGAGAGAAGGAGGAAAAGGACUGAGUGAUGGCAUUUUUAUAGAGCAUUCACUCUAACCAUAAGAAUCUAAUAUUUCCUCUUUUAAUUUAUUCAAACAUUGUGAGCCAAAAAACAGCACUUUAAGUGCUAUGUAAUAGUUUUUAGUUGACUUUAAGUUCACAAUAGACUUAUGAGUCAGGCUAACCUUAUUUAAUUAAGAAACACAUACUUGUCACUAUUUCUCACUCCCAGUUGCCAUUUGAGAAUGCAGGGCAUUUGUCUAUGUUGGUUUAGUGUUACUUCACAUACACAUGUCUUAAGUUGUCUCUCUCUCUCUCUCUCUCUCUAUAUAAUAACAUUUCCAAAUAAAGUAUUUAUUGAAGCUGCUCUACACAGGGAAAACUGAAAUGUUUUUAUUAGUGAGACAUAGAGUUUAAGGUCAGAAGAUACUACCAGAUCAUCGACUCUGACCACUUUUUUAUUACAAACCACCAACACCACCCAGCACCCAUACACCAAACCCAAAAACCAAAAUUUGACAAAAAUAUUACAGCUCACAGGAGAAUAGACUAUUAUGUGCCACAGGCAGAGAAUAGGAAGGACCAAGGGGCACCAGUGAGCUACUGUAUACUUAGAGAUUAGCACCUUCAAAACAAAUAAUCUAAAUUUCCGUUUUGAUUCACCAUAGACUACACCAUCAAUGCUAAUACGGUAAGAGUUAUCCACUGAUGUGCAGUUGUUUAAAGGGAGACUGUAAAGAUUGAUAAAUCAGCAAUGUGACCCACUGUAGUCUUAUGCUCAGUUUGCAAAUUACUGUACAUGGAAUUAUUUAUAUGUUUUGUCAAAAGCUGUUGAAUACUUUUUCUUGAAAAUAUGAAUGAACCACUGUAGGCAGCUCAGAACGCAUGAGAAAUCCCACAGCUACAAACCAAUGCACCAACUCAAUGGAAGGGGGGACUGGGUUUUUACAAAGGUAUCUGGUUUCACUUUCAAGUUUCCAUUGGGUCUGUAUCAGAGAUGGUAGUGAGAUAAACUGGCCAUGGACUUUAAAUAAUAGAAAGAGAUAUCUAAAGGACUUAGGUGGGAUUCUCAAAAGCACAGAGAAUCAGUUGAUUCUGUCCCUAUUGAAGUCACUGGGAGUUUUACCAUAGAUGUCAGUGGGAUCAGUUAUGCCAACACUGAGCAUUUUUGAAAAUCCACCUUUGGCCUUUAUGAGCUGCUUACUGAAGCUGUGCUGAUCUUUCACACCAACACCAGAACAAAUACACCUGGCUUUGUUCAACUUUGCAUGUGAGAACCAAACUCUCCAAGGUACCAUGAAUCUCAGAAAAAGAUUUGCCCAACACCUUUCCUUACACCUAAUAAGCUAUGAAUUCCUCUUACCGCUACGUGUCUUCUGGGCAGAACAGUGAUCUACCCUUUUCCACCUUACCAGGAAAGAGGACAGCUGACAGUCCCUUUAUCCCACAUUUCUUGGGAGUGGACAUCUUACCAUGCUCAUCCUGAACAGUGGGGAUUAGCACAUUCUGCUCAGGUUCUAUUGCUGCUGUUACUUAUAAAGCCUUUUGCCUCAUUCUGGUGCUGACCUGCCCCAUGAUGAUAGGGAACCCAAUGGCUACUGUUGGCCAUUGACUCUCCUUAUCCUUCAACAAAACCCCUUAAAAUAAGGAAGGGAUGCACUGGGAAACUCAUCUAUUUCAUUAUGAAACUGGUGUGUUUUGUAAGGGGUUGCUCAAGUUUUGUUUAGCGCUUUUGGGUGAAAUCUCAGCCCCACUGAAGUCAAUUGUAGUUUUGCCAUUGUCUUCAGUGGGGCCAGGUCUUACCUUUUAUUUUCAUGCAAACAUAAAACUAGGAUUGUGGGGAGAAGGUCACAAAUUAAACCACUAGUUUUGUUUGAGUGGAACCAGGCAAACCAAGACAGCCACAUUGGAUGCAACCCUAUUGCACAGCUUAAUUGUAAUGGUCCAGUGCUCUUCAUAACCAGUUUUUUAAAGCUAAUAUUAUCACUGUGAAAAGGGACAAUGUCCAUAGUUUUAAUUUAACAGGAAAAAAGGUACAAAGUCUGCUUUUAUGGCUAGAGCCUGGUGUUUACAAUUAAGACAUCAGGUGUAGACUAUGAUCCCUUCAGUAUAUUGUACAUAGCCAUGUACAGGAAUCUAUGUAACAAGUGUGCAGAUUGUUCUAUAUUUUAUAUAUAUACAAUUUUUAAAGGGAUAUAAAUCCUCAUGCUUCAGGGCAUAAAUCAACCACUAACUGAUGGUUAUUCCAUCAUUGUCUGUUAUGGGGUUUCAUGCACCUUUGUCUGGAGCAUCUGGUCCUGGGUACUGGUCUGACCUAGUAUGGAAUUUCCUAGGUUCCUACGUUUAUAUUCUUAUAAAAAAACAAAUCUGUAUUUUAUUUCAUUUGCAUACAAAUAAAAAAAAAUA